CUCUCUGCACGACAGCCAAGGCAAAUAACUCAUCAGUGAUUUUGAGUGGAAUCGUCCCUUAUAGAUGACGUCACCAAUCUGGGUCAACAACGAGCAAGUGGGCUGGUUUUCAGAAAGGAACAAAAGUGAAUUGCGUUGAAUGCGAAUAUUUACAUGAGCAUUGAGGUUUAUUUCUGAGUUUUUGUUGAGGAGCUGCAGUUAUGUCUGUAAACUACGCCGCUGGACUGUCAACAUAUGCGGACAAAGGUGUAUGCGGGCUCCCCGAGUCAUUUGACAGUAAAGAGGAGUUGAAGGGGAAGGUGGAGGCUCUGGCCCAGCUGAUUAGGGAGUCCCAGUACCUGGUGGUCCACUCUGGGGCAGGCAUCAGCACCUCUUCAGGCAUACCUGACUUCAGGGGUCCCAAAGGCGUGUGGACCAUGGAGGAGAGGGGCGAGUCUCCCCACUUUGACACCACAUUCGAGGAAGCCCGGCCCAGCCUCACUCACAUGGCCCUGCUGGGGCUGCAUAGAGCCAGCUACCUCAAAUACCUCAUCAGCCAGAAUGUGGACGGCCUCCACGUCCGGUCCGGCUUCCCCAGGGAUCUGCUCUCUGAGUUGCAUGGGAACAUGUUCGUGGAGGAGUGUGGGAAGUGUGGCAAGCAGUAUGUGCGGGAAAAGGUGAUUGGUGUAAUGGGGCUGAAACCCACUGGAAAAUACUGUGAGGAGGUCCGGGGAAGAGGACUCAGGGCCUGCAGGGGGAAGCUCAUCAGUACCAUACUGGACUGGGAGGACGCUCUGCCUGACAAAGACCUCAACAGAGCCGAAGAAGCUAGCAGGCGGGCCGACCUGGCGCUGACCCUGGGUACCUCUCUGCAGAUCAAGCCCAGCGGAGACCUGCCCCUCUUCACCAAACGCAAGGGGGGCAAGGUGGUCAUCGUCAACCUUCAGCCCACCAAACACGACAAGCACGCGCACCUGCGUAUCAACGGUUAUGUGGACGAGGUUAUGAGCCAGCUGAUGGAGCUGCUGGGAUUGGACAUUCCAAAGUGGGACGGGCCCACCGUCUGUGAGAGCUCCACCCCUGACCAGAAACCACUUCCUGCCAUCUCUACAAAGAAGGAAGUGAAGAAGGGGCUGAGGAAAGAGGGUAAAAGGGAGGGCAGGAAAAGACUAGCAGAACCAAAGAAGGAAGAGGAGGAUGAAGAGAAAAUUGCAGUAAAGAAAGAGAGGGCGGAACCACCAACGGAAGAGCAUGAGAAAGAUCUCCAGGCCUUGACUGACUCUAGCCCUGUCCCAGUCCAAACACAGAACCAGGACCUGUCCAGAGUUGGAAGAGACCAGAACGAAACCAGCUCCCCAACCCUCUCCCUCUGACAGUUCAGACAGCCCCCAAGAGCCCAACAGAGUAAAGAAUUAGCCAGUAGUGUCUUAGUAGUGUACCCCCAACCCAUCAGUUCUUAUACACACUGACCCAGAACAAUGGUAGCCAGCUGCCUGGGACCAAUGCAGAAAGGUCUGUGUAGGUGAGAAUGUAUACCUCUGACAGAACAUAGGGAAGGAUCGAUAAAGUACCAGGGAGAACCAGCAGGACUAUGGCUCUCUAGUGAACAUUUCUCAGCAAUACAGAUAUAGAGAAGGGAAAGAAGAGCCUUGAAUAUAAUAGUAAUCCGACCAUGAAAGACAUGUACACUAGAAGAGUCAGAGCAAGGCCACCCAACACCACACAAUCACCCAUACUUAAAAUGUAUACAUGCAUGACUGUAAGUUGCUUUGGAUAAAAGCGUCUGCUAAAUGGCAUAUAUUAUAUAUCAUAUUACAUUACAAACACAGCUAGGUGAGGCAUGGGCCAAGCACACACUUAGAACACUGUAGUAGAGCAGAAUAGUGUCUUACAGAGGUGGCUAUCGGGUGGAAAUUGAAGGCAGGUGUUGUGAAAUGUUAUAAAGUAACAUUGAUUUUGCCAUAGAGCUAGCAUACAUGAUCAAAUCGGGUUUAUUCAGAGUAAAGACACUUUAUUUAGUGAUGGGCAUAACACUGGGAUUUCUAAUGCAGUCUAAAUUUGUACAGACGUUCUAGAAUUGUUUUUCGCCUCGCAACUCAGUAGCUCCUUCCUAUCUCUGCCAGUGAGAUAACAUCAUGGAUAUUUUAUUUUGACAGCUGGUGGGUUUUGUGUCAUUGCAUACUCUGCUUCUUGUCACUGUCAAGCCAUCUGUCCUAGUUUACCUAAUCGUUAGCUUUGAUUUAGAAAAUACAUUCUGUAGUUUGUUGCAACCUUGUUUAUUUCAGUAAAAUGUUUUGUAGAUGUUUUGUAAUAAACACUUGAUUGUC